AUGACAAAGAAGAACCAACAAUCAGUUUAUGAUCAAGUUAUACAAAAUCUUCCCUCAUUUAAACAUUGCUCCGAAUUAAAAAGAAAUGUUUUAUAUUUAACGAUCCAAUAUUUGAUUAAAAAUGAAAAUAUAAAAUUUAUUAAUCAAUGGAUUUCAAAACUCCAGGGUAGAUUAGAUAAGUAUUUAAAAGAAAAAAAACAUACAUGGAAUACUAUAAAUCCUGAUAAACGUUGCAGAGAUAUAAAUUAUGUCAUUGAUGAUAUAACACACGGUAUUAGGCAAUUAAAGAAACAUAGAAACGUUUGGUUGGAUCACCAAAUUAAUAAAAUUGUCAUAGAUGUACUAAAUGCAAAUAGAUUUUUUAAUUGUGAUAGAACUUUUAAAUACGAAAAUAGUAAAUAUAGGCUUCAAAGGAAGAUCAUGGAUGAUUUAUGUGAAAACUUUAAUUAUAUUAGUAAUAAUAUGAAUAACUACAAAAAUAAGCAUAUGUGCGAAGGAGUUGCUUCAUAUAUAGCAUCUAAUAAGAGUUAUCUUAAAAAACUAUUCAGUGAUGUAAAAAUUCGGAACGAUCCUAUUUUUAAUUUUGAUUCAAAGUGCACAAUUGAUUAUAUAGAGAACUCGAUUACACUAAUAAAGUGUAAUAAUGAAACUAAUGCUCCACAAGCUUUGCAGGGAGAUUCAAAAGUCAAAUUAGAAGAUGACGUUAGUGAAGCUGCACUAGCGGCAGUAGAGGCAAAUCAAUUAGAUGAUCCAGAUCCUGGUGAAAUGGCACAGUUUUUUAUAGAAGAUGAUACACCAUUUUAUCUCAGGCCCACUAAUAUUGGAACUGCAGCGUUAGGAAUUCCCCUCUUAUCUUUGAUAUUAUAUAAAACAAAAGCACGAGGGCAAAACAGAAUGAAAAAUAAUUUUUCUCAAGAUGGUAAAGAAACUGAGGAAUUAUUAAUUAAUAGUAUUGAACCACUAGAGUUGAAAUCACAAAAUUCCCAAUAUAACAUUUCAUACCAAUCUGUAAAUGAUUAA